CUUCCGAGGUACUUUCUCUGGCUCCCUCCUCGCCUCCUCCAAAUCAAGCCUUCGAAGGGCAUCUCUUUCUUCCUUGCUUCCUUUCUUGCUUCCCUCCCUCGCGCGGCGACGAGGGCAAAUCCUAGAAUCUUUAGGGCUUUUGGAGGAGGAUCGGAUCGUCGGGAUGGAUCCCGAGCACACCUUCCUCCGCGUUCACGCCCGCGUCUCCGGCUCGCUCUCCCAGCUCCUCGGCCCCAGGGUACGGCUGAUGCUCGAGUACGCCUGCCUUGCCGCAGCCGGCGCCCUCUUCUGCCUCCUCGUCAUCAUGCACAUCAAUUUCGUGCAGCAGCCUGGGUGUUCAAGGGAGUUCUCUGGGCUUGAAUUUACUGAAGCUCAGGUGGUCCAGAUCAAGAUAACAGGUGGUGGUCUUUGGACUCAGAGUUCAGCUGAAACAGAGAGAGUGUCCUUUCAGAAAGGAAUUUUGACUGAGACUUCCAAGGGUCCGGAAAUGAAUGAAAAUGAUAUAACAAUUUUUUCUCCCAAGUUUUGGUCAAAUUUUCUAUGCUCAGGUGCUGCAAAAAGCAAAUUGAUUUCCAAAUUUUGGAAGAAUGAUAAAGAGUUAUUUGAGCCUCAGGUGGGAAAGGGUCCUGACACUAGCAUUAGUAAUUCAGUGUUGUGUGAUUUGAGUAUGAAAUCAGAGGCAAAGGACAUGCAAAUUGGGAAGCCUGUUUCUGUUGGCGAGUCACUUGUAGAAGCAAAAUCACGGUUCUAUAGUAAGUGGAAAAUGCCAGUUGUUUCAUUUUGGAGCAGUGCAAGUCAGUACUCAAGCUAUGCCCUCGAAUUAUGGAAACAUUUAGGAUGGAAUGCAUUCCUAAACGUCCCAAAGAGCUUUCGACCAUUUCAGUUCAACCAUCUUAAGGCAUUUAUGGUCCAGUGGCUUGAGAAGAGAAGCAAAGCGCAGGAGCCAACUUAUCUGUACACUGUGGAGAAGGGGUAUUUCUUACUUCCUGAAGGGGCAAAAUCUCAGCACCACAUUCGCACGACUAAUCUUACUAUAUCUGCUCAAAACUCCUGCUUCGGAAACAGGUGGCAGCAACUUCUUAUCAACACUUUUGUUGGUUAUGAUACAAUUUUGAUUAACAGCCUCUUAAAUUCUCCUGGUCAUGGUUAUCUAUACAACUUCCAGACAAAGGAAUUCUAUAAUCUUAGGUAUGGGCAAGAACCAUCAGAAGGUCAUGCAAGAUUUGGAGAUUUCUUUGUCACCAAAAGUGGUGUGCUUAUAAUGUCAUUAUUUGUUUUCUUUACUACAACCAUGUCAGUUUCAUUCAUUCUGAGGGAAACACAGUCGCGCAUGCUCAAGUUCACUGUGCAACUCCAACACUAUGCUAGCAAUCAGCUUCCCACGUUCCAAUUGAUCUUUGUGCACAUAAUUGAGUCUCUGAUAUUUGUACCUAUUAUGGUCGGUAUCCUGUUUUUUCUGUUUGAGUUCUAUGACGACCAGCUACUUGCAUUCUUGGUUUUCAUUCUUGUCUGGUUCUGUGAACUUUUCACUAUGAUCAGUGUUCGGACAGCUAUAUCAGCACAGUUCUUUCCUCGGUUCUUCUUGCUCUAUUUCCUGGUGUUCCAUAUAUACUUCUUUUCUUAUGCUUAUGGUUUUCUGUACUUGGCAUUUUCUGCUACAGCAGCAUUCAUGCAACAUUUGGUCCUUUAUUUCUGGAAUCGAUUUGAGGUCCCAGCCGUCCAGAGAUUCAUAAGAGCCAGAGCUCAGCUGCACCAUCAGACCAGUGUUCAGAUCACAUCAUCCACCUUGUACCACCCCUUGCCUUUCCAUGUCACCGAACUGACCAUGCCCAAUCCUGAUUUGAUCCAUAAUGAAUCCAUGCCAACUCCAGAUUCUUCCACAAGAUCCAACCCUGUCGGAUUAUCUGAUCCUACAGAAGGCCCUGAACCUCGACCAGCUUCAGAUCUAAGUUCUCAGCAAACAAGAACUACCUCAGGAUCCAGCUCAUUAAAUCCAUUCAGAUAUCUUCUGUCCUGGAUAGCAGGUGGUGCUUCUGACAACUUAGUUUCCUUCUCCAUAUUCAGGAAUUUCCGACUCCGAGGCCAGGUUUUUGCACAACAGGCCUAGCAAGAGAAUGUGUCAUCAACACAGGAUCAAACCUAAGAAAGAAGGUUCAAAAAAGAUAAUGGUUCACAGUCCACAGAAAUGUUCAUUGGAUCAGGAAAGCUUAUGAUACUCUUGCAUUGCUUGUAGCAUGCACUCCAUUGUAGCAAAAGGG